AUGGAGAAGACCAUGCUCAACCCCCUCACAAGCAACAAGACCGUCGUCAACCACCUGAUGGAGUAUGUAGAUCACAACCAAUAUCUGUUCUUCGCGACCGUGUGCAGGGGGUGGUCGCGCGCGUGGGGCGAGCGCCCUGCCGUCACUCGAGCCGCAACGAACGGAACGUCGGUGUCCCAGCUAUCCUUCAGCUUCCACUGCGGCCUCCGCAGAACCAAAGGAAUCUGCGAGACCGCCGCCAAGCUCGGCAGGCUAGAUCUCCUUCAGUGCGCCGUGCUGAAUGGUUGCCCGAUUGGGAAGAUGGUAUGCGCCGAGGCAGCCUUGCGUGGACACCUCGGGAUCAUUUGGUGGGCGAGGACGUACGGCUCCGAGUGGGACGAGAGCACCUGCUCGGCAGCCGCCAGCGGGAGACACCUGAAAAUCCUCCAAUACUGCCGGGAGCACGGGUGCCCGUGGGACGCCGGAACAACCGCCUCAGCCGCGCGGUGCGGGAGCCUCGGCGUGCUCAAGUGGGCCAGAGAAAAUGGUUGCGAGUGGGACGAAGACACAAGCACGUCCGCGGCCUUCGGAGGACAUCUCGACAUCCUGAUGUGGUGCCGAGAACAAGGGUGCGGGUGGAGCGAAGCGACUACCGCUGUCGCCGCCUCUCGGGGUCACUGGGGCGUUCUCCAGUUCUGCCUCGAGAACGGGUGUCCCCGGGACCCCGACAGUAUUGAGAAGGAGACGGGACAGGAAACGGAUGGUGUAGCCGAAGGGUGUCCACCGCCAGACGCAGAAAUGAGUCCGGCCGGGCCCGAGCCAAUCCGGCAAGACUUCACCACGGCGCAGUCGUCGUCCCUUGAGAUGCACGACCUAACCCCCGAUGAGCUGGAGCGAGCCAGGAAGGACUGCGCAUUUCAUGCAGUCAUCUACGGCGAUGACGCGCCGCCCUUGGAGAUCGAGGAGGCCUUGCGACGCCUCGAUCCUUUAUGUAGCGAUGAAGACUAUUGA